AAAGCACAUUUAUAGUUCUUUCAGUACUCCAUUUACUGUAUCUCACUUCCAGUUUAAACACCAGUCACCACUUUUAAGAAUAGAAAAUGAGCAAUCAAGCACGCUGUUCACACCCAAGAUUCAGUUCCACUUACAGCGAACCAAUAACACAGAACAUUAGAGUGAAAUAACAUGACAUAAUCAUAAAUUAAACUAAAACUGUCAUACGUUAAGGGGACCUCUUUGGACUGUUUUAUUAUGUCAAAUAGAAACAUUAUAUUUUCCUGAUUGGCUGCAUUUCCUUUUUCUGAGCAGAUAAGAGACUGAAACACUCACAAAGAGGCAAUUACAAGCUCGACGGGGACAUGAAUGUGUAAAAUCAUAAUACAAUGAGCACAUUAAAGCAGGAUUCCCCUUCUUCAGUCUUUGUUUUUCUGGACAGAUUUCACUGUCACCACUGUUAUGUGUGCACGUGCAUUCGUGUGCCCAUACAAAGUGCUUUUAUUCGCAAUUAACAUGCUAUUUCCUGUGCUGUGUAGUUAUGAAUUGCUUUUACCAGUACUGUUUGCAGAGAAUCCUCUUCCCACAGUAUAGAAGUUAAUUACAGCUGAAUUGUCAUUACUCGACUUGGCCAUGGCUUCCUGUAAAGCUCUUUUACUGGGCUCUUGCCCCUCCACUGAAACAUGAGUGUACUGCUGCUGCUCAAAGGAGCAAUGUAGAGAAAAUCUGCUCCUUUUUUGGUCACUCUGUCAGGACAUCUUUUUGCUGUGGCUAAACGUUGGCUAAAAUACUGGUGGUUUUUUUUUUGUGAAGACAAGAGUUAUGUGAGGGCAGAAACUAAGAAUCCUGCAAAAGGAAAUAUUAAUGCUCCUUUGCUGGCAAAAGAUAUGAGUUGGACUUUGUGAGACUGUAUUUCAGCAGAUUUUUUCCCCCGUGGUUAUUUCCAAACAUCUCAUUUCAAGAUUAUGUGUACUGAUUUGAAGAAAAAUGUAGCAAUGACAAAGAAAAAAAAAAUCCAGGCAGCUAUUUAAAUAAAUAAAAUGAAAGAGAAUGAAAAAAACAAACAUAUUUCUCCUGAUUAUAAAUAAGGAGGCAGUUUUGUCUUUGCAGCUCUUUGCAUUCCUUGCAUAAUAAUACCCUGUUGUUGUCAAGGAAGGAAGGAAGGAGGGAGGAAGGAAGGAGGGGAGGAAACUGUGCUUGAAAGAAAAGCAACUGCUUGUCCAGACAGUGUGAAGUGAAAUGCUGUGGAUUUAGGAAACUGUCCGCAGACAGAGAAGGCGGCGGGAGCGCGACUUUAAUUUGAGAGAUGUGGCUUAAAUAGUUUGGACGUCUUGUCGAGAAAAAUGAGCUCUAAGGAAACAAUUCUGUCCGAUAUUGAAAACAUUAUUUUUUUUUCGGGGACGGGGGGCGUUACUUUGAUGAUAUAGUCUGUCUAUUUUUUUUUUCUCUCUCAAAUCAUGCCACGUUUGAGAUUACGCCUGUGAUGGGCUGAGCAAACGCAAAUGAUCAUCCUCCUCCUGCUUACAGCUGCUGCUAGACCUCCAAGAGAGGGCUGACCCAAAAAAAAAAAAAAAAAAGUUAGCGAAGUUGUCUCCUGUUGUUUGCCAUAUAUUUUUUUAUUUUCAAAUCUUCUGUGGCCUUGACUUGACUUCCUCAGCCUUCAGACAGCCUGCUGUCCGCCGGCCCGCCCCAGCAUGCUGGCCUGACGUCUGAGGAAUGGCAUCGGCUGUUUUUGAAGGGACGUCGCUGGUCAACAUGUUUGUCCGGGACUGCUGGGUUAACGGGAUCCGGAGACUCAUCAUCAGCCAGCGGGGAGAGGAAGAGGAGUUUUUCGAGAUCAGGACUGAGUGGUCUGAUAGGAACAUUUUAUACUUGCAUCGGAGUUACUCCGAUCUGGGGCGGCUGUUUAAAAGACUCGUUGAGUCUUUCCCUGAGGACAGAAGAGACCUCUCCAAGUCUCCGCUGAUAGAAGGACUGGUAAAAAUCAAAGAGGCAAACGACAUCGAGGAAAAACUGAACGAGGUGGAAAGACUACUGAAGAAUGCUAUCAACAUGCCAUGCAAGUAUUCCAGGUCAGAGGUCAUGUUGACUUUCUUUGAGCGGUCGCCGCUGGACCAGGUGCUGAGAAAUGACAAAGUCCACAGAAUCCAGCCAUGCUUUCAGAGCCCCAUCAAGAUAUCAGAAAUCAUGCGGUCGAAUGGAUUCUGUCUGGCCAAUACAGAAACCAUCGUAUUUGAUCACAGUCUUCCAGAAGAAAAAGAGAGACCUUCAUCCACUGACUCUGUGGAACAUACAUAUGAGGAUGGCUCAGAGUUUUUGCCAAUGGAGUCAGACCUGUGUGAUGAGGAAACAGAAGCUUAUGUCACCAACCUGUCCUACUACCAUCUGGUCCCAUUUGAAACUGACAUCCUGGAAUGAGGAACUUACACAACAGAUGCCUGCUGAUGGACAUCUGAUGCUAUCAUUGAGGAUGAUAUGUACUCUUAAAUGGAACCUAGCUAUGCAACGCUGCACAUAGCUGCUCCGAUUUAAUCUGCUGCUGCCGGAGUCGGGCAGAUGAACAAACCAAAAUACUGAAAGAAUGCAACAGCAGCACACCACUUUAUCUUUUGCCUCUUUAUGUGACGUCACCAGUGUGCCUCAUCCGGAGCCUUACUUGAGUAUGUCAAGAAAGAAAAAAAAAAACAUGAGGGAUUUGUCUGUAGACCUACUGCAGAAGGUUUUCAGGUGAUGUAGCACAAAUUCUAGCGGCCAUUUUGACGGCCCUCAGUCCUCAGCACCAUUUUGAAGCAUGCAGCGUGGGCCACUCUGAAAAAAACUUAAAUCUAAUCUAUCAGAAUCUGUGGUUUGGAGUGUGACUGCAAUCAGAGGGACAAGAACGCAGCAACCUAAAUUUGGUAACAAAUGUUCCUUAUUGGUUACUGUUACAUAUAACUUUGCUGAAUUUACCAGCUUUCUUUCUUUUUCACUCAGUCGUUAUAUCCUCAGCAUUUAACUGUGCACAGCUAAUUCUCCAGCGGACCUCUAUGAUGGCAUAGUGGCACUGGAUAUUGCCUAUUUCUCCUUUAAACCGCUCCUUCAAGUGUAAUCCAGUGUUACCACUCUGGUGCUUUAUUCCUGUGGGAAUACAGGAAGCUGUCAUGAAGCUUUGUGUAUCAUCUUUGCUUACGGUGCAAUUUUUCCACCAGCGUUUAGGAGCUUGUUUUUGUUAGUGUAACACAAGCUUGAAACUCACAGGAUGAUUUCAGUUUUGUUGCUGUGAUGUGCAGUUGAUUCUUUGGCAUGAGAGUACUGCAAGAAGCAAGUGAAAUUAGCAUAAAGAAAAAUUUAACAGUAUUCUGACUAUUUUAUGCUAAUAGACUCCCAGUUAGCAUAAGCCUUGGAUUAAUUUGUCAUGGAUAUAUGCAUAUAUGCUUCACUUGUUUCUUGGGCUACUGUCAAAUCGAAGAAUAUAAAAGAAAUAUUAAUAUUUCAUUUUGUUACAACACACUCUUUCCAAAGUGAGAACAUAAUGCUGCAUUUUUUUGGGUAUCUGUGAGAAUUUUAAUGAAGUUUUGUCUGAAUAAUAAAGUAGAAUGUAAUUGUGUUAGACAUGUAGCUUGUAAUGUUUUUGUUUUUAAUAAUUUGACAUAUUAGAGAGGAGAAUGAGUGUUGCCAUUAUGUGGAUAACUGAAUCAUCUCACUGCUGUUGUUGCCGUCUGACGAGUGAUAAAACAGGGCAAAGAAAGCUUUGUUUUAUGGGUCAACGGAGGUCAUAUGCGACCCCUUCUGUAAGAUGACGUGAGUGGGUUCAGUCUGACAGCUGACUACAGUCUUGGUGAAUGUGGGAGUCUGCAGUUCGGCCCGCGAUGGGGGAACAAAUCCUCUCUUUAUCUAAAGAAGACAAAUGACCUUGCUGUACUAAACACUUUCUAUAGGAGAAGUUGUGUGAAACAGGCAAACGCUUGAUUUAAAUUCAUGCCUUUUGUAUGUUUUAUGGCUCCUCCAACCAUAAGGACGGCACUUUCGCUUUGUUUUCAUGUGUUUUUAAUGCAACCGAAAGGCAAAAAUGUACAUUCGUGUGGGGCUUAGUGUAAACAAAAAAGCGUUUUAUUUAGACAGUUCAGUCAAUGCAGAAGUCAUUGUGGCCUUACAAUGUGGGCUAACAGCUUGCGUCCAGUUUUCUGCCCCUCUAAAUACAAAGGCAUUCAACCCUCACAAACUUGGCACACGAGACCUCAACAGGAUGGUCCUCCGCAUGAGUCUAUUUAGUAACACAGUCAUGAUCACUCUUCACCCCGUGAGAAAGUACAGCUCUUUCUCAGGGUGCAAAACUCGGUGAGAAACUCCACUUUUUCUUUUUUUUUUUUUUGUCUCUGUUUUUGUCUUGAAUUGACAUGGAUAUUUUAUGGUCAUAAAACUUAUGCUGAAGUAAUCUCGCUUGCAGAAAACAGCACACAUAACGGCAAUGAUUAAUAUCAUUCAAUGAUAAGAAACUGGAAUUUCUGAUUUAAAAUUUUGACACCGAGGUCACAUUUUCUCUGCUUGAUGUUUAUCAAACAUUUAAUGAAAGAUUAAGACCCUUUGCAAGCAUAGGGCAGUGCAUUAUAAAUAUUCAAGUUGUCAAUCCAAUGGUACUCAACCCAUCCUGUGCAGUGAGUGGAAUGAGUUAAAAAAAAUGUUUAAACAUAUCACUACACCCAUCAUGCCAGCCAGGGUGUGAGGAUUCAGAGGAGGACAGUGUGAUAAAUAUUAAUAAAAUAAUAUUACACAAAAUAUUUUUAUUUAUUUGGUAAACUUCAGCCACAUUCUGUGAAGCUAACCUUUCGACGCCUUGUUAUUUAAUGUUUAUGUGCUAAUGUCUGAUGUGUGUAAAUGUGUCAAAACAAAGGACUGAAUGGAGAUAAUCCUAAUUAUGUGGUCACAUGUUUGAAAACUUUAAAGCUAUUCUGACAGUAUUAGAUACAAAUUAUCCUCAAAGAUUCUCAAAGAAAUAAAUAUGUUUUCAAUAC